CAACCACGGCGCGCCGGAGAGAGACUGCCUCGCCGCUCCGUCCAUCCCUAGCCCAUCACCACCACUCUCGUUCCCCGGCACAUGCAGCUCCCACAAAUCCAGCAACCAAUCCACCAUCUCCACACCCCCCUAUUCCCUGCGUAGCUCCUCCUCGCCCUCGCACAACACACACGCUUCCCCAGACCCAAGCAAGCGCAGCAGCAGCCAGAGCCAGCCACCCUUCGCUUCCACUCCGCGCCUCCCAUUACUCAGAUCCAAGCACCUCUGCUGCAUACCCAAAUCCAGCUUGAGCCACCACCACCAUGCCGCCGCGGCUGCUCCGCCUAGCGGCGCUCCUCCUCCUCUGCGCCACGCUCGCCGCACCCGAACCAGACGCCGACAGGGCGGCACUCCUCGACUUCCUCUCAGGCGUAAACGGCGGCCGCGCGCGCAUCAACUGGGCCACCACCCUGCCCGUCUGCGCCAACUGGACCGGCAUCACCUGCAGCCCCGACGGCACCCACGUCACCGAGCUCCGUCUCCCCGGUCUCGGCCUCACAGGCCCAUUCCCACGCCGCACGCUCGGCCGCCUCGCGGCGCUGCAGGUGCUCAGCCUGCGCGCCAACACCCUCACGGGCGCCUUCCCGGACGAGCUCCUGGCCCUCGACCGCCUCACGGGGCUCCACCUCCAGCUCAACGCCUUCUCCGGCGCCCUGCCCCCCGACCUCGCCCGGCUGCGCGCGCUGCAGGUGCUCGACCUCUCCUUCAACGCCUUCACCGGCGCCCUCCCCGCGCAGCUCUCCGCCGACCUCCUCGCGCUCAACCUCUCCAACAACUCCCUCUCCGGCCCCGUCCCGGACCUCGCCCUCCCCGCGCUCCAGUUCCUCAACCUCUCCAACAACCACCUCGCCGGCCACAUCCCCCGCUCCCUCCUCCGCUUCCCCGACUCAUCCUUCGCCGGAAACACCCUAACCCGCUCCACUCCCCUCCCCCCACUCCCCCCACCGUCAUCACCCACCCCGACCGCGCCAUCCACCAAACACCAUCGUCUAACCGAGGCGGCCAUCCUCGCCACCGUCGUCGGCGGCUGCGUCCUGGCCUUCGCCGUCACCGCCGUGCUCCUCAUAGCCUUCUGCAACCGCCGUCCCACCACCUACGAGGACAAGGCCGCCGACAAAAAAGGCCGGGAAUCCCCCGAGUCCAAGGCGGUGACGGGCAAAGCCAACGACGGCAACCGGCUCGUCUUCUUCGAGGGCCCGUCCCUGGCCUUCGACCUCGAGGACCUGCUCCACGCCUCCGCCGAGGUGCUCGGCAAGGGCGCCUUCGGCACGGCCUACCGCGCGCUGCUCGAGGACGCCACCACCGUCGUCGUCAAGCGCCUCAAGGAGGUCAGCGCCGGCCGCCGCGACUUCGAGCAGCAGAUGGAGCUCAUCGGCCGGAUCCGCCACGGCAAUGUGGCCGAGCUGAGGGCAUACUACUACUCCAAGGACGAGAAGCUGCUCGUCUACGACUACUACGCCAGGGGAAGCGUAUCCAACAUGCUACAUGGGAAGAGAGGUCUGGACAGAACACCAUUGGAUUGGGAAACUAGAGUAAGGAUAGCCCUGGGUGCAGCUAGAGGGAUCGCACACAUUCACACCGAGAACAAUGGGAAAUUUGUUCAUGGCAACAUCAAGGCCUCAAAUGUCUUCCUCAACGGCCAGCAAUAUGGCUGCAUCUCUGACCUUGGCUUGGCAUCACUGAUGAACCCGAUAACAGCAAGGUCCCGUUCUCUGGGAUACUGCGCACCUGAGAUCACCGACACAAGGAAAUCGACACAAUGUUCUGAUGUCUACAGCUUCGGUGUCUUCAUACUCGAGCUCCUCACAGGCAAGUCGCCCGUUCAGAUAACCGGCGGGGGCAAUGAGGUUGUGCACCUUGUCAGGUGGGUGCAGUCCGUUGUCCGGGAGGAGUGGACCGCCGAAGUGUUUGACGGCGAGCUGAUGAGGUACCCUAACAUCGAGGAGGAGAUGGUGGAGAUGCUUCAGAUCGCAAUGGCAUGCGUCUCAAGGACCCCAGAACGGCGACCGAAGAUGCUGGACAUGGUGAGGAUGCUUGAAGAGGUUGGCAGGAAUGAUGUUGGAACUCGGCCUUCGACAGAGGCCUCGACUCCGGUGGGGGAAGCUUGGAACAAGGCAGAAAGCUCAUCUGCAGCCCUCUGAGCUCGCUAUCUUUUCUUUUUCGUCUUUGCAAGUGUAGGAGCACGGAUAGGUCUGUGUUUUGACGGCACUGUAUGAUUCUUUUGUCUUAUGAUUACAUGUUACGAAAUUGUAA